AUGGAUAAAUUAACCGUCAUUUCUGGAACUCUGUUCAUGGCAGCUGAUGUUUUUGCUAUAGUUAGUUUGGCUAUGCCAGAUUGGAUUAUUACUGACGUAGGAGGUGAUACACGCCUUGGUUUAAUGUGGUCAUGUAUGACACUCUAUAACAGAUCACAAACAUGUUUUUCUCCAACUUUACAGCCAGAAUGGUUGCUUGCUUUAAUAUGUAUACUUGCUGGAUGUGUUUGUAUUACAAUGACUGUAGGGCUUUUAGCUGCAAGUCAUUUCGACCGGAAUGCCAUUCCAUAUGCAAGAUGGGUUGGGUUUGCAGCAAUGGUUGCAUUUUGUCUUGCGGCAGUGAUUUUUCCAAUGGGAUUUCAUGUAGAUGAAAUUGGCGGUCAGCCAUAUCAACUACCAAAUAGUCAUCAAGUUGGAAUAUCUUACAUAUUAUUUGUUUUGUCAUUAUGGAUAACUGUAAUAUCAGAGUUGUUUGCGGGAAAGGCGUUCGGCGAGGCUCCACCCGUAUGCUGUCGACGUUCCCAGAACAAGAACAAAGCGAUUCGCUUCGUCAUUUAUCAUCCCUACAGU